AUGUCUUUUCCUCCGGGUUCAGCAGGCGGUCUCGACGGUAUCACCUCUCAGCAUCUGAAGGACCUCACCAGCGGUUGCUGUGGGGAUGCCGGAGAGAAACUCCUGCAGGAGGUCACGAAUUUGUGCAACCUCAUGCUUCGUGGUGAGGUUGCUUCAGAUAUCGUAGACAUCCUGUAUGGAGCAAACCUCUGCGCGCUGAGGAAGAGAGAUGGUGGCAUUCGACCGAUCGCUGUCGGCUCAACAUACCGGCGCCUCACUGCCAAGAUAGCCUGCAGCGUGGUGCACACAGCUCAGGCUGCGUACGAGUUCCCCCCGGGAUUCCGGUUCGGAGCUGCCACCGCCGCCUACCAGGUCGAAGGGGGGUGGAAUGAAGACGGCAAAGGUCCCACCAUCUGGGAUAAGCUGGUCCACUCGUCCCCGAACAAAGUCCUGGGCAACGUGACCGGGGACGUGGCCGCCGACUCCUACCACAAGUGGCUGGAGGACGUCCAGAUAACAGCUGACCUCGGACUGCAUUUCUAUAGGUUCUCAAUAUCCUGGUCGCGGAUCCUGCCCACGGGGUUCAGUAACAGGAUCAACCGCGCCGGCGUGCGGUACUACAGCGAUCUCAUCGACGCUCUGCUGGCGGAAGGCGUGGAGCCGGUCGUCACCAUGUACCACUGGGACCUGCCGCAACCGCUGCAGGACCUGGGCGGCUGGACCAAUCCACUGAUAGUCGACUGGUUCGAGGAUUACGCGCGAGUGCUUUUCGCCGAGUUUGCCGAUCGAGUCAAAACGUGGAUCACCAUCAAUGAAGCGAUUUCCGUCUGCGACUUCAACUACAAUUUCGGAGGUUUCGCUCCGGGGAUUCUAGAGCCAGAGUUUGCGCCUUUUCUUUGCAACAAAUACAUCCUACUCGCUCACGCAACUGCCUACCGUAUUUACGAGAAGGAAUAUAAGGCUAAAUACAAUGGCAAAAUAUCAUUGGCAAACAAUAUACUGUGGAUGGAGCCAGCUACGCCCGAAGAUCUGGCACUAGCAGAACUCGGUAGACAACAUUCGAUUGGGCGCUAUUCUCACCCAAUAUUCUCCAAGGUAGGCGGUUGGCCGCCCAGCACAGAGGAGACGAUGUUGAACUACAGCCUCAAACAGGGCUACAAGAAGUCCCGCCUGCCCGCCUUCACUGAAGAUGAAAAGCUUUUUAUUAAAGGCACAGCAGACUUCUACAGCGUGAACUACUACACAACUUACCUGAUCAGGCCGGAGCGGGCGGGGGAUGAGCCGGGGAAGUGGUUCCUGACCGGCUCGCCGGAGAUCGGCGCCACCUGCGAAGCGCAGGGCGCGCUGAAGGGAGCUACACAGAUUAUGAUGCCGGUGGUUCCCCAAGGCCUUCGACGCAUUCUCCAAUGGAUAAAGAGAGAAUAUGGAAAUAUGGAGAUUAUGAUAGCAGAAAACGGCUUCUCUACCAAAGGCGUUGGACUGGAUGACUUCAAUAGGAUAGAGUAUAUUGAGGAGCAUUUAAAACAGGUGUUGCUCGCCAUCAACGAAGACAAUAUAACUGUGACUGGUUACACGUAUUGGUCAUUGCUAGACAAUUUUGAAUGGCUGGAUGGUUUUAGCUCAAAGUUCGGCCUGUACGCCGUGGAUUUCAAUAAACCUGAGCGUACACGCACGCCCCGCGCGUCCGCACACUACUACAGCUGCGUCAUCAAUGUACACGCGCUCAACGACUCCUGCGUACAGCACGCCAGAGACCACGUGAUCAGCGGGAGUCCAUUGUCGGAGAAUCGAAUAUGGAUGUUUGUUAUAUCUUUGUUAAUACUUAUUUGA